AUGGGGGUUUUUGUUGAGAAUUCUAUUCGCUGUAUAAUGGCGAAGAAACUUGACGGGUUACAUCCUUCUUUAAUCGUCGCGUUUAACCUAACACUUGAGAUUUUCAACGAGGUUCCUCUUCCUGCUGAAUUACAAGGUGAAACGAGUUUGUUAAUCGAUGUUGCUGUUUUGGGAGGAUGUCUUUGUAUAACUGUGAAUUAUGAAACUACUAAAAUUGAUGUUUGGGUGAUGAAAGAGUAUGGAUAUAGAGAUAGUUGGUGCAAACUUUUUACCUUGGUUAAAUCGUGUUUCACUUCACAUUUGCGAUAUUCAAAUCCUAUAGGUUAUUCUAGUGAUGGAAGUAAGGUUCUCUUUGAAGGAAUUGAGGUUUUGUUGGACGUGCAUUAUAAGAAGUUGUUUUGGUAUGAUUUGAAGAGUGAACGAAUAUUGAAGAUCAUUGCCAACAUAUUGAGCACAUGUCCCAGUAAUAUAUUUGUUGAAGAAGCUGUAUUUUCUGGCACAUCUUGA